GUUCCUGUAUUUCACACUGCUCCCACUGUUGAAGGAGAAUGGCCCGGACCAAGCAGACAGCCCGUAAAUCGACCGGAGGGAAAGCUCCUCGCAAGCAGCUGGCGACCAAAGCGGCGCGGAAGAGUGCUCCAGCCACGGGCGGAGUGAAGAAGCCUCAUCGCUACAGGCCCGGCACCGUGGCUCUCAGGGAGAUCCGGCGCUACCAGAAAUCCACCGAGUUGCUCAUCCGCAAACUGCCCUUCCAGCGCCUGGUGCGGGAGAUCGCUCAGGACUUCAAGACAGACCUGCGCUUCCAGAGCUCGGCCGUCAUGGCCCUGCAGGAGGCCAGCGAGGCUUACCUGGUGGGGCUCUUUGAGGACACCAACCUGUGCGCAAUCCACGCCAAGCGAGUCACCAUCAUGCCCAAAGACAUCCAGCUGGCCCGCCGCAUCCGCGGGGAGCGCGCCUAAACUCCACCUCUCCACCAACAACAAACGGCUCUUUUAAGAGCCACUAAUCCGGCAGAAGAAAGAGCUGGGGCUUUCUGUUU